UAGUGAACCGCUGACUGAAUCAUCUUGCGCUACCAGUUUAUUCGGGUAUAACGACGAACCUUUUGGACUAAUCACGUGGUGUAAUAUCUUCCUUUCUUCUCAGAACCAAGAAGAAUACGCCGCAAAAUGGAGGGUCGUGAAGCUAGGGAGCCGGAACAGCUCAGGAAGCUAUUCAUUGGGGGCCUGAGUUUUGAAACCACUGAGGAAAGCUUAAGGCUCCAUUUUGAGCAAUGGGGCAAACUCACAGAUAGUGUGGUGAUGCGCGAUCCAAACAACAAGCGCUCGAGAGGGUUCGGCUUUGUAACAUACUCCUGUGUGGAGGAGGUAGACGCUUGCAUGGCUGCUCGCCCUCAUAAAGUGGACGGGCGUGUUGUUGAACCCAAAAGGGCUGUGUCCAGAGAGGACUCCAAUAGGCCGGGUGCCCAUCUGUCUGUAAAGAAGAUCUUUGUUGGAGGCAUCAAGGAGGACACAGAGGAGCACCACAUCAGAGAGUACUUUGAGCGCUAUGGGCGGAUUGAGUCUAUUGACAUCAUGGAGGAACGUGCAACUGGGAAGAAGAGGGGCUUCUGCUUUGUUUCCUUUGAUGACAAUGACACUGUGGAUAAAAUUGUUGCUCAAAAAUACCACACAAUAAACUCUCACAACUGCGAAGUCAGAAAAGCACUUUCGAAACAGGAAAUGAUGGAGGCAUCCAAUCAGAGAAAUCGAGGUGGUGGCUCUGGAAACUUCAUGGGUCGAGGCGGCAACUUUGGCGGUGGCAACUUUGGACGUGGAGGCUAUGGUGGAGGAAGAGGUGGCUAUGGAGGAGGGGAUGGAUACAAUGGAGAUGGUGGGAACUACGGCGGGGGACCUGGCUACGGAGGGGGGCGUGGUGGCGGGUAUGGGGGAGGAGGUCCUGGAUAUGGCAACCAGGGAGGCGGAGGCUUCGGGGGAGGGUAUGACAACUACAAUGACCGAGGCAAUUUCGGAGGGAACUUCGGCGGCGGUGGCGGUGGUGGAGGUGGAAAUUACAAUGACUUUGGGAACUACGGAGGACAGCAGUCCAACUAUGGGCCCAUGAAGGGAAACAACUUUGGGGGCAGAAACUCUGGCAGUCCCUACGGAGGCGGUUAUGGUUCAGGCGGUGGAAGUGGGGGUGGCUAUGGCUCUCGGCGAUAUUGAUACUAUGAUGCCAGGGCAUCAGUUCUUAGCAGGAGAGGAGAUGAGCAAGGAUUGGUCAGGAAAGCUGCAGGUUACUGUACUUUUAGGCAGUCGUCUGAAAGCAUUUAGAGGAACAGAACUCAGAAAGUUACUGCAGCGUAACGGGAGACUAUUCCUAACAAAAAGACUACACACAAGCUACACAGAGUGUAGCUCGUGUCUUCCCUUAUUUUUGGUAGAUGUUCUACACUUUAUAAUUUUUCUUUUUGUGCAUCUGAAGUGUAUUAUGUAUUGUUGUGCCUGUGGAAUCAGGAGUGAAAUGAAAAAGAAUAAUUUCUAACUCAAGUCAGUUUUAAAUGGUCCUGAAUUAACUUUGCCGUAGAUUGAUAGAUUUUUCUCUGGUCUUCUCAUUUUUGUUGUUUUUGAAGAACGUGGUUCUGUCAAGGGCAUAGAUGCAUUUAGGCCCUGAAAUUAGCAGUAGCUGUCCUUUUUUCUUUUUCUUUGAAGUUAAUAUGAUUGCAAGUCUCCGUAUCAAGUGUAAUAUGAUUUUGUAUUUCAAGAACAGUAUGUAUUUCAUUAAUUCCAUUAGUGUAACAAGUGGUCAUAAGUAGUGCAGACAAUUUGAGGAAAUGUGUUUUACACUACUUGUAUGCCGUAUACAGAAUUCUAGAUUGUUAAAAUAUUUUGACAAGUGGAAAAAAAAAAGUUAAAUAAACUUGUGUAGUAAAGUA